AAAUGACCAAAAAAGACACAAAAAAGACACAAAAAGACAUGAAAAGGAUUAAAAAUUGACAAAAAAGUCCAAGACUCCAUAGAGUUAAAAGCUGGUUGAGCCCAUGGUUGAGCCUCAGUUGAAGCUGACCUCUGCAUGUGGCUCAGAGCAUCCAGGAGGAGAGGCUGAGCUCCGGGCUGCGGCUCCUCCAGCCUCCUGCAGAGGGAGCAACAGGCUCCAGCACAUAACCAGACAGCAGCAGCAGCUCACUGAGCAGCAGCAAGUGCGGUGAGAGGAGCUGAGUGGAGCGGACGCUGCUCCGCCGUCGUGAGGGAAACACCGCACAGAUGAAGGGACCGUAGCUGAUAACUAUCACAUAUCCCUCCGUUUGAUCGCUGUUACAUAUCAGACAACACACCCUCCAUCCCUCCUGUAUCACCGGGAUCGCUCCGUCGCUGUGGGUCUUUGACACGGAGGCUUGGCUGUUUUUCCUCCGGGAGGCUGAAUGGAAGCCGAGGGAGCGGUCGGGCUGUCGGAGGCCAGGGACGGGAGCCCGCUGUCCGGGGCCGCAGCAUCCGAUGAUGGGGACACAGUGGUGGGAGUUAGCUACGGGAUGGACGCCACAGACAUGGAUGCUGCUGCGAGGAAAGCUUUCAUCACAGAGAUGCCCUCAUCCUCAGGCCAGCCUGGUCAGGGAAAGAAGAUUGGCCACAGAGGAGUGGAUGCAUCAGGAGAAACUACUUACAAGAAGACCACAUCCUCUGCCUUGAAAGGUGCCAUCCAGCUGGGCAUCGGUUACACAGUGGGCAACCUGAGCUCUAAGCCUGAGAGAGACGUGUUGAUGCAGGACUUCUACGUGGUGGAGAGCAUCUUCUUCCCCAGUGAAGGAAGCAACCUCACUCCAGCCCACCAUUUCCCAGACUUCCGCUUUAAAACAUAUGCUCCUGUGGCCUUCCGCUACUUCAGAGAACUGUUUGGCAUCAGGCCAGAUGACUACCUGUACUCCCUAUGUAAUGAGCCUCUCAUCGAGCUCUCCAAUCCUGGAGCGAGUGGCUCGGUCUUCUAUCUCACAAAGGACGACGAGUUCAUUAUCAAGACUGUGAUGCACAAGGAGGCUGAAUUCUUACAGAAACUGCUACCUGGAUACUACAUGAACUUGAAUCAGAACCCUCGCACUUUGCUGCCCAAGUUUUUCGGACUCUACUGUGUCCAGUCGGGCGGGAAGAACAUCCGUGUGGUGGUGAUGAACAACGUCCUUCCCCGUGUAGUCCGAAUGCACCUCAAAUACGACCUGAAGGGCUCCACCUACAAGAGGCGAGCGUCCAAGAAGGAAAGGGAGAAGGCCAGGCCCACUUUCAAAGACCUGGACUUCAUGCAAGACCUGCAGGACGGUCUGAUGCUGGACCAGGACACUUACAAUGCUCUAGUCAAAACCCUACAGAGAGACUGCCUGGUGCUGGAAAGCUUUAAGAUCAUGGACUACAGUCUACUGCUCGGGGUCCAUAACAUGGACCAGGCGGAGAGGGAGAGGCAGAUGGAGGGCUCCCAGGGCGGCAGCGAUGAGAAGAGGCCCGUGGCCCAGCAAAAGGCCCUCUACUCCACCGCCAUGGAGUCCAUCCAGGGAGGAGCCGCCUGCGGAGGAACCAUCGACACUGACGACACGAUGGGUGGCAUCCCGGCUGUCAACGGAAAAGGGGAGCGACUUCUUCUCUACAUAGGAAUCAUCGACAUCCUGCAAUCCUACAGGCUAAUCAAAAAACUGGAGCACACGUGGAAGGCUUUGGUUCAUGACGGGGACACCGUAUCAGUCCACCGGCCAGGCUUCUAUGCCGACAGGUUCUUCAAGUUCAUGAGCAGCAUGGUUUUCAAGAAGAGCUCCUCUCUGAAGUCAUCACCAUCUAAGAAGGGUCGAGUGUCGUUGUCGGUGCCUAAGUGUGCAGGUCCUGGUGCAGCCUGGUCAGCCAGCCAGCUGCCCUCUGAGAGAGACGAAAACAUCUACGACCUGAGAGGAGCUCGCAGCUUCCCGACGCUGGAGGAUGAGGGGCGACCAGAUCUUCUUCCAUGCACUCCUCCAUCUUUUGAAGAGGCCACCACAGCGUCCAUCGCCACCACCCUCUCUUCCACCACCUCUCUGUCCAUUCCAGAGAGAUCUCCCUCUGACACAUCCGAGCACCCCCGCUACAGGAGGCACACCCAGUCUCUGAGCCACGACGGGAGGACCCAGGAGGAGAUGCGUGUGCGCGAGGAGGACCAGCAGACCAUCACAGUGGAGGUGGAGCUGAAGAGACACGACAGUGAGCCCACCAUCUCCGUCCCACAGCCUUCACCUGAAGCCAGUGAGGUUCAGGAAGAAGCUUGUGCAGAGGCUGCCGAUGCCGCUGCAACAGCAGCAGCACCCUCCACUUCGAUGCCUUUCACUGCCUCCUCCUCGCCUGCCCCAGCUGCUGCCUCUUCUCCCGGGGCAGCCAGUGAAGCCCCGUCCAGUCCCAAGAUGGCGGUGGUGGAGGCAGACAGAGCCAGCCAGAUGUCCGGCUCAGGGUGCACCAGCCAGGCUUCAGUUGAUGAUGAAGAUGACGUGCCAAUCACAGAUAUCUACUUUCCUCAAGACGAAAGGACCUGGGUGUACUCUCCGCUACACUAUGGCUCAGAGUCUAAGGCCCUGCCAGAUGGGGAUUGGGAAAGAGAGACAUAAACCCAGUUCUCUGGCAGAGAGGAGUGAACGUCUCAGUGGAGAGGACUCAUCGCUCUGAAGUCCAGACCUCAGUGGUAGCAGCAGGAUCUCUGUCUGAACCAGGAUUUUAAACAUGCAUACAGAAACUGAUCACACCGAGGGGAAAAAAGUGACUUGAGAGAGGGGGGGGGAAAUCCUGACAGUGAUGAACGUCACUGAUUUCCAACCAUCCCUGCCUUUCACCCUUGACAAAAUGAAAAUAAUAUCAAUUUAACAUUAUGUGUGACAUACAGUAGUGGGUAUACGGCUGUAGUCUGAUAUGUUUGACAUAAAUGAAAGACCAUAGUAACUUACAGUGCCUGUGAAAGUGUUCACUCCAUUUGGAAGUUUUCAUUGAUCCUCUUUCACUCAGUGUUAUAAAACAAAAGUACAUGAUGACUUCCAAGUGGGGUCAGUACUUUUUAUAGGCAUUGUGUGUUUGUUGUAUGUUCUAGUUCACAUAGGCACAGCCCUCUGACAGGCUCUGCAGGCCUCACUCUGCAGAGCAGCACACUCAAUUCUGCAUUCAAGCCCAAUAACCUGCUUGGAACUGUAGAAGACAAAAUUAUUUCAGGUCCAAUUCUGUGGUUGGUUCAAGGUGAGCUUUAUUCACUGCAGUGGAGACAGGAGUUUACAACAAUGCUAUAGGAUUCUCUCAGACCACAAUGAGCUUAUGGGUAGGAAAAAACAAGAGUGGCUUCAUACACAUUAGAAUAAAGGUGAUAUUAAUUGUUUAGGUUGUUCUUCUCUCACACCCUGGCCUUGGCUCCUUUUACAUCAAAGGGAUACUCAGUGAGACUUUAAUUAAACCAGGAUUAGGAUUAAGUGAAGAGAAAGACUGAAAUGAUUUACUGUACAGUACUGACUGUACCCUAACCUGGCAUCAAGCGUUUUAUUCAGCCUCUGAACAGGAAACACAACAAGUUAAAUGUCCAUGACAUCUGUUGAGUGUUGCAGUGCUGUCCAAUACAGAUCCCCAGCCCUUGUUUGGGGGCUCUGCUUUUGCUCAUAGAACUGGAGUUACAAUAAUAACCAUGGUUCAGCCAUUAAAAAGGGAAGAUCUUCUGUGUCGUCUUCACAUUUCCAGUAGUGAAUAUAUGCAGUUUAGUUCAUAGAGAAAGGUAUUAAAACGCAUCAUUUCCUUUUGUGAAUAUAUACACUCAUCAGUUGGGUAAUUUUUAGCAUAAUUUAUUAUUUUUAUCAAAGGUUUUUCUUUUGCAGCAUUUAUUUUUAUUUCUGUACUUUUCUUAUUUUACUACUGUGAGCUUUUAUUUAUUUUGUCUGUUUGUAUUUUAUUCUAAUAUUAACUGCUUUGUGGUACUUUUUCACUCUGAAACGCUUCUUUUUUAAUGUGCAUCCAAAGAACUUUAUUUUUUGUUUCCUACAAAUCCCUGCAGCUUUUUAGUUUUUCUUUUUUUCCCUUACAUCACGGGUUUGUCGUGUAAACUCAGUAUUACUACUUUUUUCACUACACCUCUUGCGUGGAAACGAAUGAGGCUUGUGACUCAUGCCUUCAAUUGCAACACUAAGGUCCGGAUCAGACAGAGUGCUUUUUGCAGGUUGCAAAACAUGAGGUGCGCCACAUUGCCUUUUUGUGGAAGUCUAGAGUGACUCAGCAGAUGUAGACUGUUGGCAAAAGCCUGCUGGCUAUUUCUGACAGAAUUCUCCUCCUGUUCCGCUGUCUCUGUUAUCUAUUUUGCACCAUCCAGGGCUAAGCACUAACCAAGACAAUUCGGGUUGGUUUAAACAACCUGGAGAGUUAUUCCAGAUUGGAAAUAGGUGCAGCCAGACCUUCUUCAGCACUGACACAGUGCUGUGGAGAUAGGUCGGACAAUGAAACAUUAGUUAAAGACUAGUAUUUUAAAAAACGGUGAACGAAAAGCUUCACUCUCAUUGAAAACAAUUACAAAAAACUGCCCGUGGCUGCAAAUAAUCACUUUUUCUGAUCGGGACCCCAGACAGCAGACAUUGUCAGUCAUUAUAGUAACCAUCACAUCACAUGCAAUGUCUUCCAGUGUUGCCCUAUUUUUGGAAGGAUGCACACAAAUCAUUUGUAACAGAAAUUCAUAUUUAACUUUAGUUUUGAAAGUGGGAAAAGAAUCAGCAUACCAGUGACAGUUGCUAUAUCAGGUGGACCUCACCCCCUCACAAUAAGAAAUCCAUUGACUGGACAUUUGUUUGUAGAUGUAGAGCAUCAGUUGUAGUAUUUGAUAUCGUACCUGUUACCUGUAUAUUUGAAUGAACACAGUACGUUGCAGUGUUGGUGAGACACAGCAGUUUGUAAAAUGGGUUGAAUGUUGUUUGCACUUAUCAAGAGGAUCUGAAGAUGAACUAGUGAUAGAGGCCAAAUAAACAUACAUCACGUCAUCUUCGUUUCCGCUCACACAGGCUGAUAUCUAGGCAAUGUUUCUUUUUAGGAUUAUCAAGUGUGUGUGUUUGUGAAGUCAAUCACAGUCAUCGUAGUGUUUACUGUAGUCUGUCUGUGGCUGACAUCUUAGGACUCUCAAGUAAGAGACAAACUGAUUUUUUUUUUUCAAAUCUUACUUCAGAAACUGUAUCUCUGGUUGGUUUCUGUGAGUGUGUCAGUGUGUAAGGGCGGACACAUCAAUGUCAGACAUUGCAAAAAAAAAAAAAAGAAUAGAAAUCAGUUUGUUUCCAUGACGUGCAGUGGCCAGUUGUAAUCAGUUUGCUGUUGUUCAUCAGAUGGAGACCAUAGCAGCAAUAUUUUGUACAGUCUAGCUUUUAAGUUCCUUUUUAUUGCCUUAUUGAGAAAUUUAGGCCUAUACUUUUUUUUCACUCGUGCUGUUGUAUUUAUUAUUUUUCUUAGUCAUAGUUGUGCUCCUGAGAAUGUGUACAUAAAAUUAUAAAUACAUAUAUAAAGAUAUACAAAUAUAUUUUCCAUUUGAAUCGGAGAAUAUUAUUUUUAUUUGGUUUUAUUUUUGCUGCUGGGCAAGAAAUGAUUGCAAUCUACAUAAUUUAAUGUACCAUAUUCUUCAGUGUGUUUAUUGAGGAUGCAGCUGCUGUAUAUUUAUAGUCUAUACACCACAGCUGUUUCUUUGUAAGAUAUCAAACAUUGAAAAAUUUGUGGGUUUUACUGUAUAUGCAAAUCAGUAGGGAUUCUUCCAACUGUUCAGCUGUGUUGUGUAUGUGUUUUCAAAUCGCUGUGUGCCCUCAUCCGAUAGGGAGAGUCCUUUACAGAGACAUAGCAUGAUUUCAAAAUGAAUAUGCAUAUCAAAAAUGUGUAUUUAUGUAUAUCUGUGUAUAUUCAUCUAUUUAUACCUGAGGAUAAAUAGAUGGCUGUAUGUGUGUGUGUGUUUGGACUCAAUCAGAAUGAAUACAAAAUAAAACAGUUCUAUGAAUUGUUGUUCAUGGAGUUGAUGUCAUAUCAUAUUUUUAUUGAUUCCUCGUUGAAAUCAUCAGGCACCUAAUGGAUGAAGGGCCAUUUGUACCAGUGACCAUGGAUUCAGGGUUCAGUUUUUGAUCAUUCAAAAGUAUGACAAAAUGUACAAACAAAAACUGUGUUUUGGAUGAUUUAGUUUGUAUUUUAGGAAACAAAUAGCAUACAUGUAGUGCUGUAAAAAGUAUUCAGAUUCCUUACUUAAGUAAAAAAUACUGUUACCACACUGCAGAAUUACUCCACUACAAGUAAAAGUCAAGAGUAUCAGCAUUAAAAUGUACUUAAAGUAUCAAAAAUAAAAUGACUCAUGCAGAA